GCGGACGCGGCGGCGGCGAGAGUUACAAUACUUACUUGUUGUUAGUGUCAGUCGCUCGGCAGCGCGGCCACGGCCAGCAGGAAGAGCGCGGACGCGCGGCAAUGGUGGUCCCCGCGGCGGCGAGCGCGCCCCUCAGGACCCCCAAAUUCAAAGACCCAAUCCAAAAAUGGACAUCUGAGAUGAAUAUGCACUUCUCAGAUGAAGAAAUAAAAAAGGCAAAUAAAUACAUGAAGAAACAGUCAACAUCAAUGGUCAUCGGGAAGUGCAAAUUAAAACAACAUUGAGAUUCCAUCUCACUCAAGAAAGAAUGGCUGCCAUCAAGAAAUCAACCCAGGGGCUUUUGUGAUGUCAUGCUGCCGCCUGCCUCCCUCAAUCCUUGAGCUCACAGAGUGGGGGCCAGAGGGUGGGGCCGAGGCUGGGGAGAAGUGGAGAGGAAGGGAGGGACCAGGGGUGGGCGGGAGACACGGAGAACAUCUCUAUAUGGCGGCAGUUCUGUCGGACCUGGCUGUCUGGCUCUCGCGCUCAGCCCUCGCCCGCUCUUAUGGGGUCUUCUGCAAGAGGCUGACUCGCAGGUUGCUCUUCUUCUUUGAUCUGGCCUGGCGGUUGCGCAUCACUUUCCCAUACCUCUACAUCGUGGCUUCUGUGAUGCUCAACGUGCGCCUGCAGGUUCAUAUUGAGAUCCACUGAAGGCCAUACCCUCCCUACAGAGUCCACACCCUAGGCUCACCACGGCAAAGAACGGAAAGCAUGAGGGACAGAAGAGGGGCCCUUGGCACCUGCAUGGCCAAAGCAAAGGGGAAGGGAGGAGGGGACUGGGACAGACUGUCACACAGCCUCAAGAGGAGCACGCAGGAGGGGAGCCCUU